GCAAGGGUGGCCCGUCGGCACGAGUGCAGACAGCGAGGAACAGCUGCAGAGAAGCUCUCCAUCAUUGAAUUACACCGCAUAGCUCAUCCAAUAUUACUAUUUCCCCCGAAAAAGCAAAUUAUAUCGUACAAAACAUAACCAUCCAACAUGGUUGACCGCGAGCAGCUGGUUCAAAAAGCCAGGCUGGCUGAGCAGGCAGAGAGGUAUGACGAUAUGGCAGCAUCCAUGAAAUCGGUAACUGAGCUGAAUGAGGCCUUGUCGAAUGAAGAGAGGAAUCUCUUGUCCGUUGCCUAUAAGAAUGUCGUAGGCGCACGCCGUUCAUCUUGGAGAGUCAUUUCCAGCAUUGAGCAGAAGACCUCCGCAGAUGGCAAUGAGAAGAAGAUUGAGAUGGUGAGGGCCUAUCGUGAGAAGAUUGAGAAAGAGCUUGAGGCGGUGUGCCAGGAUGUUCUCAACUUGUUGGAUAACUUCCUCAUCAAGAAUUGCAAUGACACCCAGCAUGAGAGCAAGGUCUUCUACCUGAAGAUGAAAGGAGAUUACUACCGCUACUUGGCUGAGGUGGCCACCGGUGAGAAAAAGUCCACUGUGGUGGAAUCCUCAGAAAAGUCCUACAACGAGGCUCAUGAGAUCAGCAAAGAGCACAUGCAGCCCACCCAUCCCAUCCGACUGGGAUUGGCUCUCAACUACUCUGUGUUCUACUAUGAGAUCCAGAACGCUCCAGAACAAGCCUGUCAUCUGGCCAAAACCGCCUUUGAUGACGCCAUCGCCGAGCUCGACACGCUUAAUGAGGACUCCUACAAAGACUCAACCCUCAUUAUGCAGCUCCUCCGAGACAACUUAACACUGUGGACGAGUGACCAGCAAGACGAUGAGGGUGGGGAGGGCAACAAUUAAAAGUAGACCUCUCUAUCUAGAAACAUAAAAAUGGCUGGUGGACUUUGGCAGCAGCUUUUGCCAUGGUUUCCUCUGCAGCAGCAGUUCUUUAUUUUUCCACAAGUUAAAAGAAAAAAUAACAA